CGCUGCCACACGACCAGGCCGACCAAUAUGACCUCAGCUGGGACCAGCAGCUCAACCUCGCCUAUGUGGGUGCUGUGCCUCAUGGCGGCAUUGAGCAGGUCCGGACACACUGGCUUCUGGAUCUCGUCACAGCCAGGGGGAUUGCCGGACAGGGGCUGAGCUAUAACUUCACCCACCUGGAUGCCUACCUGGACCUCCUCAAGGAGAACCAGCUCCUUCCUGGGUUCGAGCUGAUGGGCAGCCCAUCUGGACAUUUCACUGACUUUGAGGACAAGCAGCAGGUGUUUGAGUGGAAGGACCUGGUCUCCAUCCUGGCCGGGAGAUACAUUGGCAGGUAUGGGCUGGCGCAGGUCUCCAGGUGGAACUUCGAGACGUGGAAUGAGCCAGACCAUCAUGACUUCGACAACGUGUCCAUGACAGAGCAAGGCUUCCUCAACUAUUAUGACGCCUGCUCUGAGGGGCUGCGUGUUGCCAGCCCUGAGCUGCGACUGGGUGGCCCCGGUGACUCCUUCCAUGAGCCUCCGAAGUCCCCGCUCAGCUGGGGCCUCCUACGGCACUGUGCUCAUGGUACCAACUUCUUCACUGGCGAGCGGGGAGUGCGGCUGGAUUUCAUCUCCCUGCAUAGGAAGGGUUUGGGCAGCUCCAUAGCCAUCCUAGAACAGGAGGCAGUGGUCCUAGGCCAGAUCCAGCAGCUGUUUCCCGAGUUCAAGGACACCCCCAUUUACAACGAUGAGGCAGACCCGCUGGUGGGCUGGUCGCUGCCGCAGCCCUGGAGGGCAGAUGUGACCUAUGCAGCCUUGGUGGUGAAGGUCAUUGCACAGCACCAGAACUUGCUGGUCGCCAACGCCAGCACCGCACACUACAAGCUCCUGAGCAACGAUAAUGCCUUUCUGAGCUACCACCCACACCCGUUCUCCCAGCGCACGCUGACCGCACGCUUCCAGGUCAACAACACCCGGCCGCCGCAUGUGCAGCUGCUCCGUAAGCCGGUGCUCACGGCCAUGGGGCUGCUGGCGCUGCUGGACGGAGAACAGCUCUGGGCCGAGGUGUCGAGGGCCGGCGCGGUGCUGGACAGCAACCACACGCACCUGCCCCUUGCGCCUGCUUCUUGCCCCCAGGUGACCCGGCUCCGUGUGCUGCCCUUGACCCGAGGGCAACUGGCUCUGGUCUGGUCCGAUGAACGAGUGGGCACCAAGUGCCUGUGGACAUAUGAAAUCCAUUUCUCCCUGGACGGCAAGGCGUACAACCUGGUCAGCAGGAAGCCCUCAACGUUCAACCUCUUCGUAUUCAGCCCAGACUCAGCUGCUGUCUCUGGCUCCUACCGUGUGCGAGCACUGGACUACUGGGCCCGGCCAGGCCCCUUCUCUGACCCCAUGCCAUACUUGGAGGUCCCUGCCUCCUGAGGGCCACCAUGGGCCUGGCUACUGCUGGCUGGUCAGUUAGUUGUUGGCUCCUUCUGUCCCUACCUACUCUGUGCCUCUAAAGUACCUUCCUUCCUUUCUUUUUAAAUUCAUUAAGUUUAUUGGUACAUUCUAGAUAUAUACUAUGA